CCACUCACCAACAGCCUCAAUAUUCUAAGACUUAAAAUCGAAUGUUCAUUUGACCAUAAAGUCAAAAUUGAAUCGAAUGUUCAUUCGACACAAAGUCAUUGAUACGGCCGAUGACGCCUCCGCCUCCGGUCUCUAGUCAACGACACCGACGAAGCCUCCUCCUCCGGCCUCCAGCCGCUUCCGCAUCCCCCUUCUUCCACGUUGUUUACAGAAUAACAUUAAUUAGUGGGUGCCAAAUUGGAGUGGUCUUUGGGCAAGAAUUGUUAUCCAGACCUUGUUUCCUCAUUGACGUUGGAUCAAGAACAAAAUCAAAUUCAGAUCAGCAGUCUCAUAUGUUCAAGGUCAUACAUAACAAGAGAGGUUUUAAGCAACAAUGGCUAUCAAUUACAUUCUCCAAGGCAAUAUUUCUUGGGAAUGGACUAGUUGCCAUUUUAGCUGGUUUAUUUGGAAAUCUUUUAGUUGGUUCAUUGGCCAUAGGACUUGUUGCUCCAUUUGAUGCAACUUCAAUCUUUCUUGCCAUUGGCAUGGCCAUCACUAUGUCAUCAUGGACAGAAAAUUAUGGUGAUUCAUCAGAAAGAAAAGAUCUAAUGACCCAAUUUAGGGGUGUUGUUGUUGCAAUUGCAUCGGAUGUGGAUAUUCCUCAUAUUUUUCUUACACGUAGGCUAUGAUCAUUGUUGCAUGGCAUUGAGAGGGGGAAACUGGAAAAAGGGUGGCAUUUCAAGUGCUAAUACAUUUGGAGGUUCUUCUGGAUUUGGAUUAACCUUUGAUGUGGACUCCUUCUUAAGCAAAUCUAAAGGUUGUCCAGCUACUUCAGUUGCUACUCCAGCUAAAGGCAUGGGAAUGAAACCAGGAAAAUCACAAAGAAACAGCAAGCUCAUUUACCAGUUCUUGGUACUUUCAUUUUUCAGCUUAUACAUCUUGAUAAAAACUGUUCAAUGCAAGAAACCACAACAUACUUUCGUUCAUGGAGGUUAUUUUUAUAGGUUAAUAACAGGUUUUGACUCAUCAUGUGAGGUCAAUGUGUAUGCUUUCAUUGAUAUAUUCUGAGAUCUUGAAGAUGCUUCGUAUGUGGGGUCUUGUGAAUUUUGAUGUUGAAAUAUCUUCACCAAAUGAUUCUUAUGGUUCUCCUAGAGGCUAUCUCAAACAGAGAAGUACAGAGUCUGAUCAUCAACAUAUCAUGACAACUAAAUCACUGUUACUGAAGAUUUUGAGAGACUUGAAGCAGGCUUUUUGGCCUUUUCUAGUUGACCAAAGUCAAAGCCCAUUUCUAAGAGCAGCAAAGGCUACUAGUUGCUCUGAUAGAUCCGCAUAUAUUGAAAAAAUGUCCCUUUUAACUCCUGUUACUCUUUCUCUUAGAUAAUAGAUGAACAAAUAUUUCAUCAUGAAUCCUCAACUAUGUUUUUAUAUUUAUUUAUUUGUUUUGGGUGUAUUUACAUUUUACAGUGGAUUGGAGGUCUCUAAAGAGCUGAAAAAUCUUACAUGCUUCUUGUUUUAUUUUGAAUUUUGCGGAUUUUUACAGCCAAAACUCUAUGUUGGAAGACGCAUUUCUUUAUUAUUAAAUAUCAUUGG